AUGGGAAAGCAACUGAAUUCCAACUUCAGCGGUAAUGUCCAGAAUGGUGGGAAGACUGCUUUUAUUAUACCAAGAGAUUUCUAUUUCUACCCCUCUUUGUCAGUGAGGGUUCAACGAACUAAGAUUGCUGGUCUCCUCUUGAUGCUCUUUCUGUCUUCUCUCGUUGAAUGUGUGAACACAAAGAAGAGAGGAAAACAGCUAUGCAUUGUUCUUGAUAACAGUUCUACAACUGAGAGAUCAUCUAAAGUACCACCUUCAGGCAGUAAUGCGAAGGGACGAUCUCUUUCUCCUUGGAAUACUACGAUAAACAAUGAUCCUAACAGAUAUCCCAGCAGCAUUGUGGAAGCAAAUUGCUUAUACAGUGGAUGUAUCACCACUGAAGGACAGGAAGACAAGAACCUCAUCUCAUACCCGAUCAUGCAAGAAAUACUUGUUAUCAUUCGCAUCAAAAAGCAUCGCUACAGACUUGAAAAGAUAAAGGUCAUUGUGGGCUGCACUUGCAUUUAUCCAGUAAUUAUCAGGGAUCUACCCAUGUGAUGAAAUGUAGAGAGCUGUAAUGUAGUUCAAAGCCUGUGCUGA